AUGCCAGAGGACGACAAGUACGACGUCCUGGAGAAAAUUGGACAUGGCUCCUUUGGAAUCAUCCGGAAGGUCAAGCGCAAGUCUGAUGGCUACAUCCUCUGUCGCAAGGAGAUCAGCUACUGCAAGAUGUCGCAGAAGGAGCGCGAGCAGCUGCAGGCCGAACUCUCCAUCCUGAAAGAAUUACGACACCCCAACAUCGUCGCCUACUUCGAACGCGACCACAUCAAGGCGAGCCAGGACCUUCACCUAUACAUGGAGUACUGCGGCAACGGAGACCUGGGACGCGUCAUCCGCGACUUGAAGAACAAGAACCAGGUGUGCGAGGAAGAGUUUGUCUGGAGCAUCUUCAGCCAGAUCAUCAGCGCCUUGUACCGCUGCCACUAUGGCGAGGACCCGCCCGCUGCUGGCCGCAACGUCAUGGGACUGGCUGCGAAUGCGAAGCCCACUCGAGAUGCGCGCUCGAGGCCCAUGAUUCUUCACCGCGACUUGAAGCCCGAGAACAUCUUCCUAGGCGACGACAACUCGGUCAAGCUCGGUGACUUCGGUCUUUCCAAGAUUCUCCAGUCGCACGACUUCGCGUCCACCUAUGUCGGCACCCCCUUCUACAUGUCGCCGGAGAUCUGCAAGGCCGAGCAGUACGGCCCUCACUCGGACAUCUGGGCGCUGGGGUGCAUAAUAUACGAGAUGUGCGCGAAGACACCGCCGUUCAACGCCAAAACACACUUCGACCUCAUUCAGAAGAUCAAGACUGGCCGCUAUCCAGACAUACCAGCAUGCUACUCCGCCGAACUGCGCAAAGUCAUUGCCAGCUGUCUGCAAGUUACACCAGACCACCGACCAGACACCGCCGCGCUGUUGAACCUACCAAUCGUGAAACUGAUGCGCAAAGAGCAGGAGGUGGUCAAGCUUGGACAAGAUCUGAAGGAGCAGCGGAUGUUGGCAGCACGAAGAGAACAAGAAGCAAACACAACCAUUGAGCGCAUGCGCAAGGAGAUCGACGACCAACUGCGGCGAGAGUGGGAGGUGAAGGCACGGUUGGAGAUAGAACGCCAGGUCAAGCUCCAGACCGAGGAGCGUCUUCAAAGGGAGCUGGCCCAAUUGCAAGCCAAGUUCGAGGAGGAGGUCCAGAAACGCGUCAAGGAGGCAUUGAAGAAGCACCCCAAGCGCCCCAGCACAUCACCGAAGCUCGCACCUCGAUCGAAUACCCCCAUCAUGCAGCCGGCAGACCAGGAGUUGCUGUUUUCCGCCGAGACGGAAACAACAGUCGUAGAUGGCUCGACAAGCACACUGGCCACCAACUCUGGAUUUGGUAGUGGAACUGACAUCUCUGCCCUGUCACUUGAAGACUCCCCAGAGCACCCAGAACACGUUACGAUCACGGCCAAGCUCAAGCGACCCAGCCGUGCUCCCCUUUCUCGCGCACGCACAAUGUUCAACCCCAAUGCCCCCGCAUCGCCUGUAGAUAUCCAGAUGGGCGAGCCCUCACCGGCACCAGCUUCGCUUGCUGGACUGUCGCUCUCGCCGCGUAAGAUGGUGUCUCGCCAGAACAUAUUCGCUGCAGCAAGGAAUGGAGCUAAGAGAUGGGAAGCAGAAGUCCCUCCUUCGCCUACGGAAGAAGAGUGGAACGGCGACUUUGACGACGACGAUGACCUCCCCGUCCUCCCGUCGCCUACACGCGCUCGCAGUGCUAACAGCAACCGCUCCGCAAACGAGGACCCGUUCAAGCUCCUUACUGCGGCCGCGCGCCCGCUGGUAAAACCACACCACCGGCUCGGUAGCACACCAAACCUCGCACCCACGAACAAGCCUCGACCUGCUUCUGCAGUCCCCAUCAUCGCCACAUCACCCAGUCGACCGAAGUCGAAAUCUGCCGACGGGCUCUCUCCAUCGCCACGAAAGACACACCUGCAACCCACGGCAGCCUCUGCAGCACGCUCUGAGCCUGCCGUUGGUCUCAAGUCGAAGAAGGGCAACGAAGCCAUUCGCAUUCAGGCAAUGCGCAACAACGGCGGUGUGCAGGGUCGCACAUUAGUUGAGCUUCAGCAAGCAAGAGGCAUACCCGUCCAGACAAUGAGUGAUGACGAGGGCAUCAAGAAGCGCGCUUUCGGGUACAGGAGUCCGAUGAAGCUGAGGAGCAAGGAGCCAGCGGUCUGGGAUCCAGAGACUGAACCGGAUAUGCCGAGUCCGUUCAUCGUGAGGAGCAAGCGGAUUGUGCGGUGA